AAGAGCGCGCGCUCGUUUCUCUUCAGUUUCUUGCGCGAUUCAAAGUUGGUUACUGUGUGCUUUGAAAACACGAAAGGAGCACAAAGAAAUAUUCUCAAAGCGCCGAGGGCGACGUGAAUUGAUUCAUACAAUAAACUCUUUAAGCGGUGCGCCAUCACGAUAACACGAGGCGAGUGUUAUUGUAACGGUGAUCAUCUGGGAGAAUUUUCUGCGAUCAUUGACUUUCCGAGAUGACUAUGUUGCGAAUAUUUGUAAUCCUUAUCAUUGCGAGUGCAGCGAUGGCGCAGGUGCCAUUCUUGGGUACGUGUCCAAACUUGGAAGCAAUGCAAAAUUUCGAACUUGACAGAUAUUUAGGCAAAUGGUACGAAGUCGAGAGGUAUUUUGCGUGGUUUGAAUUUGGUGGAAAAUGUGUGACAGCUAAUUAUAGUAUGAAUGAGAACGACUCGGUGAAGAUCACCAAUAAACAAAUUUCCUCGUUAACUGGAGUCGCAACGAGUAUCGAAGGCAUUGGAAGGUUAAUUGGCAGAUCCGAUGAUCCUAAAUUGUCUGUCACUUUUCCAUCCUUGCCAUUACCGUUCGAUGCACCUUAUUGGGUUCUAGACUCGGAUUACAAUUCAUACGCCGUGGUAUGGAGCUGUACAAAUCUCGGAGUCCUCAAUGUACGAAACGUUUGGAUUUUAACGCGAGAGCCGAAACCGCCAGUCCCAGUUGUAGAGAAGGCUUAUCAAGUUAUCGACAAGAACAACAUUAGCAGAGCGUUCUUCAUUCGUACAGAUCAGAAAAAUUGCCCGGCCUCGAAUUAAGGACGACUUAUGGAUCUCUACAAAAAUACGCGGGGGAAAAAAUGUAUCUUUAGCGAUGCGCCAUUGUGCACGACUACUUGAAUUGUGAAUUAGAAUAUUUAUCUCUAGUGAUAAUGCUGAUGCUGGCUUUGCUCACGAUUACGCAAGUAUGAUUGUGUAAUGAGUACUGCGAAUACGCUUGAAUUAAUAGGAUUGUUGCGGAUACAUUUAUUUUCAUUCCAAGUCAUAAUACUGUAUAGUUUCAAUGUUUAAAACUUGCAUUUCUCUCGCUCUCUUUCUCGUGACUGUGAUUUUAACGCAAUAUAUGUGGAAAAUUGAACAUGCGGUUUCGCGACAAUGAAAUUUAAUUUAUUUAUUAAACUUCUAUAAUUUAUUAAUAUAUUUAUUAAACUUCAAUCCAAUUUAAUUUAAAUAAUUAAAAUUUAAUUUAAAGAGAUGCUGAACUCUGUUACAUUAGAACGCGUCAUUAUAAAUACAUAAUGAGCAUAAUUAUGUAUGUAUAAUUAUAUUGAUAACAUUUUGACCGCGAGAUACGAGCUAGUUUGUACAUACUUGUCCGUUUUAUUGCGAUACUUAAAUGAGAGUAACAAUAAAAGAAUAUUUUAAAUUAAAAAUAUACAAAUUACCAUUAGAUAUUUCAUAUUAAAAAUAUCUGAAUAAUAGGUGAUCUUGUGGUCAAACUGUUAAGAUGCAAACGUACACGUUAUCUACAUUUGUAUGUCAACGGUAACAGCUAUAUCUAUAUUUUAUAUUUUUUAUACGCUCUUCAUGUUAAUCUAAUUUAUUAUGUGUAUUUAUUUAUUUGUUGGCAACAUUACGACUAAGGCUGACCUAUCGAUAAUUGCGCUAAUUCUGCAUUUUGUUAUGAAAUCUGUGAAUAAGUCAUUUGUACUUCUCAGGUCGAGUACUUCUAAUAUCUCGUUAACUAUCCGUUCGUCCUGCUGUUUUAUAAUUAUUCACUGUUGCAUCUUUUUUAUACGCAUUUAAAGGAUGUAUAUAAAAAUGGGAAACUUUAAGGGAAAAAUAAAAAUCCACUUUUUUGUUGACGUAACUUUUAUAGCGUACGGCUACAUAUUUCUCGCGUCGUUCUUGCAUAAGUGGAUUUUCAUAACUGGUUCGCGAUGUGAUGUUUCGAAACAUAUAAUGAUGCUCAAUCAUCGACGAUUGGUCAUGUAGCAUUCUUCAAUUAUCUCGGGGCCCAUCGGGGCCCACUUGUUACACACGGAACCUUACCCUUGGCUGCGAAGGGUCUUUCGCCAGUAAGAUUCCAAGCUCUUCUCAGCGAGUGCCACGCUCCGUUGUAAGAUCGCGCGGUGCACGUCGGAGAAGUGAAAAGCUCCCUUACCAUAAUCAACGUAUCCGCCGGUAAGAAAAGAUCUCGCGAACCAGUUAUGAAAAUCCAAUUAUGCAAAAACGACGCGAGAAAUAUUUAGCCGGCCAUUAAGUUAUCCGCGUAACGAUAAUUUACGCGCAAGCGAGCACUCGCUUUGUAAUAUCGUAUGCAUAAUACAUGCCGCGAUGGCGAGUACCGGCGUUUAUUUAUCGCCGGGAAGGGACGUUAAUAAACGGUCACGUAAAAAGUUUCAUUAAUGGGACGGUAAAAGUUCCGGGUGUGGUAAUCGAUCGCGACAGGCACCGCGUCGUUAAGUCGCACAGGGGUUCGCGCUGUAUACGCGAUGGUCCAGAUCAAGCGACACCCGGACCCGCCCAGGCACCCGGCGCGGCGGUGUCUCCCACGUUAAAAAUGCGGGAAAUGACCGUGGCCGAAAUAAAUCGAGCGGCGACCGACGAAAACACCGUGCGCAACAAUACCCUUAAAUUAAACAAAUAACGGCGACGGGGUGUGGUCGCGUGCGAGACGGGCCUUCGGGCAUUGUCACGUGCCAUCCGCGCAAACAGAACACUAUUCAAUUGCGAAUCUGCAGGAUAUGUCAUCAGGGAUGCAUUGUGCAUCGGGAGAAAGAGGAGUCGCAUGAUCCCACGAAUCACCCCGCAAAAAAUGUAUGAAUUUCUCUUUUCCAUCUCCGAGUGCGCGGAUCAGAAAUUCUGGCGCAAAUGUGACGUUAACAGAAACAUAUGUAAUAAUUGUGCACACACGCGCACACACACGCGU